ACAUUCUCAGAACUUACUGAGAACGUACAGUUUCUAGCUGGGUACUCGCAGUUUUGCAGCUCAGACAUACAGUACGGACUCUUAGCCACCUCUAUAAUUUGCGAAUGUUGAUUUUAAAACAACACACAGAACAGUUAUUUCCAAUCAUAGGUCCUGAGACAACACUAAGAAAUACAAACGGUUGACGGAACAGAAAGCGUAAAAACUGCUGCCUUGAAAAAGUCUGCUGUCUUGAAAAAAAUGUAAAUAAUUACAGUACGUAAAAUGCGCAGAGGGCUCCUGCAGGUGAAUAGCUGAUAUAUGACUGUAUAGACCAUGGCUGGAACUUCGCGGCACGAUCGGGCGAUGACCAUGGAUGCUAAACGACAGCUGCUUACCGUGUCAGACCCUCUGGAACGCCUGCGGCUGCAGUGUCUAGCACGCGGGUCUGCAGGCAUCAAGGGACUGGGCAGGACCUUCAAGAUAAUGGAUGAUGACAACAGCCGUACCCUAGACACGAAAGAGUUCCUCAAGGGCUUAAAUGACUAUGGUGUGAACAUCGAAAAAGAUGAGGCCCUAAAGCUGUUCCAGCUCUUUGACAGGGAUGGCAGUGGACUCAUUGACUUUGAUGAAUUUCUCAUCAUGCUCAGGCCGCCCAUGUCUAAUGCCAGGAAAGAAGUGAUCAUGGAGGCUUUCCGAAAGCUGGAUAAGACCGGCGAUGGGAUCAUCACCAUUGAAGACUUAAAGGGAGUGUAUAACGCGAAGAACCACCCGAAAUAUCAAAACGGAGAGUUGACCGAGGAGCAGGUCUUCCGUCAGUUCCUGGAUAACUUUGACUCACCCUAUGACAAGGACGGGAAGCUCCGUUCCACCCUGCUUGCCCUGCCCGACUCUUCCUGCGACCCGUCUCGACCUCCCUCCUGCCCUUCCUCCCCUCGCUCUUCCUCUUCGUGAAACCCCCGUGUGCUGUGUCUGUGUCACCGGACGGAUCUCCUGGCUCUCGACCCAUUUGCCUGCGACCCCGACAACGAAUCCGGAUCCUGACCCUGGCCUUCCCGAUCUCCUGGUUUUCGACCCUGCCUGUACGGCCACGAUUCUGCCCGCUCCAAGUUUCUAUUGCUACUGCAUUGUGCAAUAAAGACUCUGUUACACAU